AUGACGGUCAAUUUUUCGCGACAAGAAUGGUACUUCGAAAAUGAGCCAGCCAAGGUGUAUCGCUUUCAGAAUCAGCCGUUAGAUCCCGUUUUUCAUUUGAAUGUUAUUGAGAAUACUGCCACUCGUAAUUUAAGUAGCUCUUUCGUGUCGAUAGAUGAGAGCGUAGCGGAAACGAAAUUAGACGAUGCUAGGCCGGCAAAUGGGCUGUCUGUCGCGAAAGCGACGCGUGAUCGCAAGACAAAGAAAGUUCGGCUGUCGAAAUCUGAUCCGCUUAUUUGUUGUGGAUUAAAUGAGUUAUCGUCGCGCGAAGAUCAGAUAUUGGUGAAGUUUCUAAAGAAACAUAUAACAGGCGAUCCAGAUAAACCGGGAGCGACGAAUUUGACGGAACAUAGAAUCGAUGUAGCCGGACAUCGUCCAAUUAAACAGCGAUAUUAUCCCGUUUCGCCGAAAAUCCAAGAAGCUAUCUACGCGGAGGUAGAUAAAAUGUUAGCGGCAAAAAUAAUAGAACCGUCGAAGAGCGAAUGGUCUAGUCCGAUAGUUAUGAUCAAAAAGCCGAAUGGUAGCUAUAGAUUCUGUCUGGAUUUUCGAAAAUUAAAUAACGUUUCGAAAAAGGAUGCGUACCCGUUACCGUACAUGAACGCCAUCCUGGAUAAAUUGCGAUCAGCAAGUUAUAUUUCGACGAUCGACUUGAGUCAGGCGUAUUUCCAGAUUCCGCUGGAGAGAAAUAGUCGCGAGUUAACGGCAUUCACGGUACCGGGGAAAGGAUUAUUUCAUUUCACCCGCAUGCCGUACGGGCUCACCGGUGCCCCCGCGACAUUUCAGCGAUUGCUCGAUCGACUCAUAGGUCCCGAGAUGGAAUCUCACGCUUUCGCUUAUUUAGACGACAUCGUGGUCGUAACGCGUACUUUUGACGAACAUUUGAUUUGGCUAAAGCGUGUGUUAGAUCGCAUUAGAGAGGCAGGUCUAACCAUAAACCCAGAAAAGAGCAAAUUCUGUAGGUCGCAAGUUAAGUAUCUCGGGUUUUUAAUUCAACAGGAAGGGCUUAAGGUAGACCCUGACAAAACCGCGCCGAUAGUCGAGUAUCCGCCGCCGAAGAAUAUAAAGCAGUUAAGACGAUUUAUUGGAAUGGCGUCUUGGGCGCUGUCGGAGGCCGAGAAGAAAUACUCCACGACGGAACAGGAGUGUUUGGCUGUCGUUUGGUCCAUUAAAAAGUUCAGACCGUACCUCGAAGGGUAUAAUUUUAAAGUUAUCACGGACCAUAGUAGCUUGAGAUGGCUUCACAACUUAAAGAAUCCGACUGGCCGUUUAGCGCGAUGGGCCUUGGAGCUCUUAGAGUACGAUUAUAAGAUCGAACAUCGGAAGGGAGCGUUGCACCAUGUUCCCGACGCGUUGUCGCGCAUGUACGAGGAUACCGCGGAAUUAUGCGCUGUAGCGAUUACCGGCGACGCUUGGUAUGAUGCACGCGUUCGAAGCGUGGAAAACGAGCCGCGUAAAAAUCAGGGCUGGAAAAUUAAUAACGACCAGCUGUAUUUUCGAAAACCGAGCGCCGUCGUGUCCCAGGUUGUCGACGAUCUCGAGCAAUGGAAACUAGUCCUGCCGAGAGAAGCGCGCGUGAACGUCCUUAGAGAGGCUCACAAUACUCCACAAGCCGGUCAUCUCGGAGUGGAGAAAACCUAUCAGAGGGUAGCGACGCGUUACUUCUGGCCGCGAAUGUUUAAAGAAGUUGCCGGUUAUGUUCGACAUUGCGAUGUGUGCCAAAGAACAAAGGUGGAACAGAAUGUGCCGAUGGGUUUGAUGGGGCGUAGAGCUGUCGAGACUCCGUGGACGGUGGUCGCCACGGAUAUUAUGGGGCCGUUUCCGCCGAGUAAGAACGGGAACGCGUACAUCUUGGUCAUGCAAGACCUGUUUACUAAGUGGAUUGAAUGUUGCCCCCUGCGAAAAGCGACCGGCAAAAAGAUCCGCGAGCUCUUGACAGAAUUAAUCGUAAAUCGAUGGGGCGCGCCGCGAGUGCUUCUGACGGAUAACGGCACUGAGUUCAUUAACCGCGAACUGCAGGCUUUUGCGGAGGAGCACGGCAUAACUCACACGACUGUGCCUCCGUACCAUCCUCAGGCGAACCCUGUGGAGCGCGUGAAUAGGGUAAUUAAGACCAUGAUAACGGCCUUUCUGGAAAGCGAUCACCGCGAGUGGGACCUGCACUUGGCUGAGUUCCGUUUCGCGUACAAUACGGCGUACCAUACUUCGUUACACGCCACUCCUGCGUUCUUGAAUUUUGGUAGGGAACCGCAGCCUAUAAAUACAGUGCGUGGAGGGCACGAGCAGGCUGUCGAAGUCGCGGAGACAAAUCCCGCGAGUUGGAAGGAACGCAUGGAGAGGAUAAAAGCUUUACGCGAAUGGAUAAUCGAAAACUUAGAAGCCGCGCAUGAAAAGCAGUCGCGAUAUUACAAUCUGCGUAGGAGAGAUCAACGUUUUGCGAUCGGCGAGCGAGUUCUGAAGCGGCAACAUAUCCUAUCGUCGGCUGCUCAGAACAUAUCGGCUAAGUUAGCGACGAAAUUCCACGGCCCGUUUACUAUCGCGAAAAUAUUAUCGCCCGUGGUUUAUGAGUUACGUGAUGACGCGGGUAGAUCGUUAGGUAAGGUGCAUAUCAAAGAUUUAAAAUUGUAUAAUGUACCACAUCCUACCCUUUCCUUAGGCAAUUGA